AUGCCUCAUGUAGCCAGUGAAGCGAUUGCCCUAGAUGCCUAUACUCUGCCAGCAAUGCGCAUGCGGUCAACAGCUCGAGAACGAAACGAACGACACUGUUGUUGUGGUUUAACUGUUAGAGAUUUAAUCGCAAUAUGUUCUACUGUUUUGAUUCCUCUGAUUUUUGGCUUGUUUACCGUUGUUAUCACUAUCUAUCAACAGCGCAUUGCUCAGCUCCAACGAGGACAAGAUCUCGACAUUGCACAUCAACAACGAGCUCAUGAUAUUGAAUUAGCUCAACAACAGCGAGCUGAAGAUCGAAAACAGGCCGAAGAACUCAAUAUUUCCAUUGUUCAAGCACUGGCCGCUGAUCGUCAACACAAACACGACCUUUCAUUAGCUGACAAUCUUCAAAAAGAAUCAGUUCUUGUGGGCUAUUUGAAAGAAAUGGCUGAUCUACUUGACAAAAACAAGUUCACUCUCAACGACCAUGUUCGAGUCAGCAUUGUACGACCUAAAACGCUUUCUGUCCUUCGUCAACUUGACUCUCAUCGAAAGGUACAUCUCAUUCGGUUUUUAUACGAGUCAGAAUUAAUUAUCACUUAUAAAAACCCGUUAGAUCUAACUGAUGCUGAUUUGGAUGGUAUUGAUCUUUCCUUUCUCAAUCUUGACUCUAUUUCUCUGAAAUCAGUGCACAUGCGUCAUGCUCUACUCAUUCGUGCUAAUCUAAGUUUUGCUGAUUUCAGCAAUAGUCUUCUCACCAGUACUAAUUUCAGUGAGGCUAAAAUGAGCGUCGGCACUAAGUUUUAUGGGGCACAAGCAGAAUAUGCUGAUUUUAGUCGUAUAUCAUCAGUUAAACUCAAUAUGAACGAAAUUGAUGCACAUGGAGCCUCAUUUCGAUUUGCCAGUUUAAAUCAAGCUACUUUUCAUGAUGCACAUCUCCAGUAUGCGGACUUUGAAGGUGCUUCUGUACUUAACGCCGAUUUCUAUAGGGCUAAUCUGGAAAACUCGACUAUUACCCAGUUGCAACUACAAGAAGCGGUAGCAUUUGAAGGAUCGAUAUUGCCCAAUUUCAAUACUGGUGAUCAUAAGAAUAUAAUUUCUAAUGGGAAUGCCGAACAGAAGAAGGGACAAUACGAUUGUACAGUCAAAUUAACAAGCCCUAUUUUUGCGUCGCUUUGGAAUAGCGUGAAAAAUCGUCAUGUCAUUGCCAUAGUCUACAAUUCAACAAGUUUUCCAAAUGUCUUCGUUCCCGAUAAAACUGUUAUUGAGCCCAAUCAAUGUUAUUUCACGGCAUUUAGUGAUGAAUACGAUCGUGUUUCAAUGUAUCAGCGUGUUGAAUUACAUCAAUAUGCUGAAUGGAUCAAUGCUAAGAUUCUCACAUUUUUUAUUAGUGCUCGAAUGGGUGUUAACAAAGUGGGUACUGAAUGGGUUUCAGUUGAUCUUUUGAUGAAAACAUCCGGUGAAGUCUUACUAGCCGAUUCCAAAAAUAUUCUUCGAAACGGAGCUUCAGUUAAAACAUGUGUUCGCCAGUUCUUUGCACCGUCAAAUGUAUAUUUCUUUGAUAUUUAUGUAAAUUUUGAAAGAUUAUUCAUUAAAAAUGGAACACUAGAAACAUUUGGCUACAUUGACGAUAUACAAGUAUGGGCAACACGAAGCGUACCAAAAUCUACCGAAGGUUCAUUAUUGAACUCUUGUGAUGCAUGA